UUAGGUUUGAGCGGAUCGCUAGGUAUUGUCGUUAAGUUUUUAAAACACAGUUGAUCGCGAUGUUUCGUAGCUACUUCGUAGUUGCUAUUGCUGUCGUCAUUGUUGUCGCCAGCAGCACGCGCUCUGUUGAUGCAGCAUAUGCCGAUCAGUGCACCACGCCGACGGGUCAACAGGGCCAGUGCGUGCCCUACUCAUCUUGCACGGAUAUUGAGCUGCGUCUGCAAGCUGCUGGCAGUGGAGGUGAACAACUAACGCCGGAUUAUAUUAAAUAUUUGCGUCAGGCUAGCUGUGGCGAGAUCGGUGGCAUUCGUAAUUUUUGCUGCGCAGCUUCACAAAUUCAACACAAUUCCAAGGUGAUAUCACAGUUCCGCAACGAGAGCUUCGAAUGCGGCAAAGUGCUCAAUACGCUGGUAGCCAAUGGCAAGGAAGUGCGUAUUUCCUCGAGACCCUGGAUGGCGCUGCUCAAAUACAAGCAGAAUGGUGGUGAUCGUUUUCUUUGCGGCGGCACUCUUAUCUCGGAUCGCUACAUUCUAACGGCUGCCCAUUGCAUUUAUGGAUUGGAGGAGGAGCUGUUUGAAGUGCGUCUGGGGGAGCACCAAAUCUCAACGGAGAAGGACUGCCGUCUAUAUGGAAGGAAAGAGAAGUGCGCUCCACCCGUACAGGACGUGGGCAUAGAGAAGCAAAUUUUGCACGAGCACUACGAUCCUAAGAGAGUGGCCAAUGAUAUUGCAUUAUUGCGUCUGAGUCGCAGCGUCCAGUUUGAAAGGCACAUCAAGCCCAUCUGCCUGCCCAUAACAAAGGAAUUGAAGCAACAGGCGGAAGAAAUAAGCGGAUUCUUUGUCACUGGCUGGGGCACUACCGAGAAGGGUUCCUCCUCCGAUGUAUUGCUGCAAGCUGCGGUGCCGUUGAAACCGCGGACCACCUGCUCUCAAGCAUAUGCACGGGACGUCCCGAAGACGCAGCUGUGCGUGGGUGGCGCAGACUACCAGGACUCGUGCAAAGGUGACUCUGGUGGUCCGCUGCAGGCGGCAGCCUUCUAUCUCGACGAGUUCAAGGUGCGCAUGGUGGAGUUUGGUAUUGUCAGUCUGGGUGUGGUGUCUUGCGGCGAAAUCAGCCUGCCAGCCUUAUACACAAAUGUUGCUGAAUAUGUGCAAUGGAUAACCGACCAGAUGGCCUUGAACGGGCUGUGAAAAGUAUACUGAUGUGCCUAUAUAACUAGUUAUAGCUAUAGUCUAAGCUUCUGCUGUUUGUGUGCUCAUAACCUGACUCAGUUGCAAUUAAUUAUCACCCACUGUUUAAAUACUUAAGUUCUUCGAAAAUAUAUAUUGCAAGUCGCUGAAUCAAUUCCGCUGAGUGAAUAUGCUCUCUUCUUGCACAUAGGAUGAAAAGUAAA